UUAUAUUGUAGUUGAACAUUACAAUUUGUGAGGUGAUAUCAAAAAUCAAAACGUGUGUGUUGAUGGUAUGCCUAUAUUUCCGACAACGUUUUGUUGGUUAACUACAACUGUUAAGAACUCAAACAUCCCUAAACAACCAAAACUUUUCGUCGAAGGAUAUCAGGGUUGUUUGAAUCAUGCUGUCCUAAUAUUGUUAUGGGUCGUUUAACCGUACCCGUAUGAAUGAUGCUAGUGAAGUAUUUGAAGUUAUGAUAUUUUCGAGUGUAUUCAUGAUUUUUAUGGUAAAAAUAUUCGCUUUACAGAGUAUAUUUUUACAAACGCCACAGAAUGUUGGAAAAUUUAACCAGUUAAUGUUUUGGGCUGAAGUAAUUAGGGAAUAGAAUCCCUUAAAAUAAUAUUUUUGUAUUGUCCCUGUCUUUGCUGGGAUGCUUUUGAGACAUAACCGUGGGUACUUAAAUUUCAUGAAAAAAUCAAAGAAAGCUCUGCCUUAUUUUAAGAUUUGACAGUGGACUAGCCGAAUCUGACAAAAACUUAACAUAUAAUCAAUAUGGCUUUCAACUAUCAAAGAGCUGCGAUUGUACUCGGUCCCAUUAUAGGACACGCUACUUCUCUAAGUUUAGUAGACCUAUUCGGAGAACUGAGUAAAGCACCGGAAACCAUGUUUCCCGAUUUCGCGUCGGUUAUGUUUGUGAUAGCCAGUAGUAUUCUCUUUGAAAAUUGGCUGGAAAAAACGUCGAAUCGACGCGCAAGAAACGACUCAGCGAAGACUUUACUGCCAUUUGCCUUCAAGAUAGCUGUGAAUGUUAUAAUAUGUGAGCUUUCCUUACGUUUAUUAUGGGUUCCAAACCAAUAUUUUCUACGGUAUCUACGAGAUGAAAAAAUAUUGGCAAUUAUUGUACGUACAAUGUUUUGCUAUUUUCAUAGCUUCAACAAAACUCGGACACUACUGACGCGGUUGAUCGAAGCAUCGAAAGGGGAAGCUGGCUUUAUUUUCGUCCGUAACCUAGUGGCUGGUAUAUAUCUUUUAAGUACACUUUACCUAUGCAAUUGUUUUCAAAAGAUGCGACAAUUGCGUUUUCCUGGAGUAAGGAGACCGCUUCCAGUUAUUGGACACGAAUCAACACGACUUGAAUAAUCUAGAACGAGAGAAGACGAACAAAAGGCAAAAAAUGUUGUCUAGUUUCAACUGAAAUGAGCAAAGCAAUUUGGUUUAUGCCAGUUAUGUGCGUAGAAUGGUUGUGAUAUGAGAUUAGAUUACUAGUUCACUUUUACACGACUGUAUAUUUAAGAAUUUCGAAAUGUAAUCGACCGUAUUGCAUAUAAAAUUGAUAUGAUAACCACUGAGCGAGUAGUAUUACGAAGGUUUGUUGUCACGGUGCAUUUCAUUAACAGUUGUAUGGGAUAUUUUUAAAGAGCAGGCUAGAGGUUUUAUUGACAUAAUGUAUUGGCAAUAUAAGUAGAAGAGCGUUAAUUGAUGCUGUGGACAGGUUAAAUUUAAUUCUAAAACAGUUAUCGUUUGGACAUUUUUGCUAAUACAAACAUAAUAAACUUAUACCGAAAUAA